AGUUUCUUUUCGCUCGUUCGUCGGAACGCAAGUGUUGGUGAAGCUAACGUUUUAUGUAAAAAGGACUGACCACAGAACGAAUAAAAACUUUUCGUGUCAAGCAAAAUAUAUUAUUUUUAUAUUCUAUAAAGGCAAGAGCUAAUAACUAAUAUUGAUAAACAAAUCACUCUCUCUCUCUCUCUCUCUCUCUCUGCUAUUAAAACAAUCGAAUGUAUGUUACAAGGAGCGAAGAAGAAAUCAAAAUACGCUCUCAAUUUGAAUGUGGCUCUCUUUUGAUCAUUGGUAGCUUCAUAUUCAAUUCUCAUUGCAAUUGUGUUGUGAUUAGUAUUGUAUUUUGCCAUUUUGUGCGGGCUCUCUCUUUUCUCUCUUUCUCUCUUACGCGCUCGCGACUUUCACGAAACUGUAAUGGUACUAUAAAAAUAAAAAUAAAUAUAGUAAACAAGGCAAGCCACAUUGUAUUGGUGCACGUGUGUGUAAGCGUGCGUGUGUGUCUUGUGAUUGUGCUUGUGUGCAAAUUGAUGACAACGAAUCGUGUGUAAAGCGAACAGUGCGUAAAUCGAGUGCAAUGAAAUAAGUUUGACGACUUUGCAGCAUUUACAAAAGAGUGCAAUUAAAAUUAAAUAUAUGUGUAUGUGAAUGCAUAUAAAAUACACACAUCCAAGCAGAAUCUGCCAACUAUUCAUAAAUUUUAUCUCAAGUCAACAUGUCGAAUCUAACGGAUUAAAACUGAAGUUACGUUUUCAUCGAUAUCAUUGAUCAAAAUGGAUGCACAAUUCGAACACCUGUGUCGUAUUUGUGCGGCCAAUACUAAAUGCAAAAACAAUUCUGUGGUCGAAAGUGUGUUUAUUUUCAAAACAAAUGGCCUGAAGGACAAAAUAGCUCGACAUCUCUUUCUGAAUGUUGCUGAAGAAGAUCCCCUGCCAAAAGUGCUCUGCAAAUCCUGUUAUCGUCAAGUGGAAGCGACUGCCUCGCUUUCUAAUAUAGCCAAGCACACGCAGCAAGUGUUUCGGGAUUUUUUGCUUAGCACAGUGCCUAAAUAUGCGCGUCAAGCGACGGAAGCUCUUCAUAAUGAAUCUCCAGUAGCGACAGCAUCAACUCAGGACAUUAGUGAAUCCAACAACAGCAACAGGAACAACAAUGCAAAACGCUAUUACAGCAACUUGGACAAUAAUGAAACCUUCCAUCCGAUAUUGCUGACACGUCCGCCGGAGUCGAGCGUCGCACCCAGUUUGCAGCAGAAACACGACGAUGUUGUCAUCAGUUGGACCAAUAAAGACAUUGAGCUGCGACAACAACAGCAGAAACAACAACGCAAACAACCAACUGCUGCAACUACGGAUCACACCAGCAAUCGGAGCAGCAUUAAAAUGAACAAUCUAAUGAUCCCGGCUCGGCGCAGCAGUGUGUUUGUGGAUACGCGUUAUAGUUCAGCACCAAUGUCGAUAGCGCAGCGUUCGAUGCAACUGCCGCCAUCCUUGGCACCCAUUCAUCCGGAUGUGUCGCUUUCCAAAGUCACGAAAAAAUGCAAUGAGAAGCGGAAUUCACCUGCAGGCGUUAUUAACUUUAUACAGACCCACGGACGAAUCACGGGCAGUGCACCAAUUAUUUCAAAUACUGGCAUUAAUAAGGGACACCAUGAUGAACACACCAAUAAGGUCAUGCAUAUCAGAAAACCCAUGGCUGUUGCUGCUUCUUCUGCUUCUGCCUCACAGACGAUUAUCAGUGCCGCCGGCGUACCCAAUCUGCCCAGAAGCGUGCUUCAACAGAAGCGUCGUAAUCUUAAAAACGCUCUAAACAACAUCAGUGCCAUACGUGACGGGCAAGUGUCCCUUUUGAAAUCAUCCCAUCUGCAACGCCCGAUUACAGAGGAUAUUAAUUAUCGACCUCUGGUUACGACGACGGUGGUGCCACACCAAUCGCUAUAUGGCGUCGAGCCAUCCGUGGAGGAGGCGCUCCCAGAACAUAUCAUAAUAGCUGCACCUAAAAAGAAAAAGGAAGAACCAGCUAGUCUGUCCAGUUCAGAUCCACCUAAGUUGCAAAAAAUUGCAAAAUUGGUUCGAGCAUCUUAUGCAUCUGACGGCGGCUGUCCUCCAAUCGGAGAAGCUAUGCCUGCUUCCAAGUCGAAGACACCACCCAGCAUAAGCAGUCUUACCGAUGCAAUUUCACUGGGCAAUGUCAUUCGAGAUCCCGAUCUACUGAAGCUAAUACUUAAGGCACUGAAAUGGCCAGUCACAACUGGAAAUUGUGAAGAACAAAUGGCACGACUGAAAAACUCAAAAUUUGCUGUGAUUAUGUCGGACAGCAAUCUGUUGCAGGAUACCGAUCUGACGCAACUAUUGGGUCCGUAUCUGGGCCCAAUGAUGGCUGUUGUUCAGCAGCAGCAGAAGCAAUCGUCCGCGAUAGCUACGACUAAAAGUCCCUCUCCGCCAGCGAGUCCGUCACAAGAAAUCGGAGACACACAAACGUUAGGAGACUGUGCGAUGCCUUAUAAACUGCCACCAGAGACGUCGGUUCAAUUGGUGCCCUCCAGUCCGACGGAUCUCGAGCAGCAUCAGCCAGUAACUAUUAAACCAGUGGAGCCAAUCGCAAAGCUUUCGCAACGAAAAUCGCGGUUAGAUGACUUGUAUCUUGAUGGACAAGCGACCACAGCAGCUACAACAUCAAACGCUGCACUUGUAACCAAUGAAUUGCUCAACAUUAACGCCAUGUUGAUCUCACAAUUUGGCACAAAUCCCGCUGAUGCACUAAACGAGGCGCUAAUCUCUAUGUUGAGACAACAGCAGGAAUCGAAGAAUCAGCGAUCAAGUCGACGACGCCGCAGUGCUUCAACAACGAGCACUUGCCUCAACUUAGAAGAUAUUGUUCUUGUGGAGCCGCAACUUUCAGUGCCUGGCUCUGAUGUUUCCACUCUCACGAUGCCGCCUCAAGAGCUAUAUGAACCUCCUCCCCCUCCUAUCACGCGCCCCAUUAUCAAACGACGGAAGGUCGUUGUGCAGGCGCUAAAGCAAAGCUGUGCUAAAAACACACAUAUAAUCGAGCUUUCAAUGCCCAAAACAGAUACAGAUAAAGAUGCAUCUAAAAGUGAGCCGGAACGACUCAAGGUCCCCGAGGAGACUUCCAGUAAUGCUAAUUGUCAUAAAAUCUUGGAGGCUUCUACAAGCCAGCAAGCGGUCGAAACACCACAGGCUCCGACAAGCACUGUUCCGGAAAUGAUUCCCAGCAGUAGACACAAAGCGGAACCUGAAUGCGCCACUGAUUACAAAGCUGCCGUAAAUAACAACCCAACAGAGCCAUCUUUGGCAAGUGUUGUACGUCGAUCGAAUGUGAAAUCUGCGUUAGGCCAAAAACUUCUGGAGGCUAUAGGCCUGCCGCAACUCGGCAAAAACGUGCCAACGGAAAGUUCCCGUGACACACUGCGCAGUGCGUUAAAGCGAUCGCUGAAACAGGCCCAGGAACAGCAACAACAACUGAAGCGCGUCAAGCAAGAGGAACCCGUAAAACAGAUGGCGGAUUCGACGACGAAGCCGGUUGCCGGCGAGUCUUCAGAGGAACACAAAAAGGCCAUCGCAGAGCGAGAACUGGAGUUACUGAAACGCAAGACAAAAAAUGCAGAGACAACUACUUUAUCGUUCAAGGAUGAAAAAACGGAACGUACGGAUGUAAGUUCUUCAUCGUCACGCAAUCGUAGAAAUCGUAAGAAAUCGAAAACAGAUGCCAAUGAGGAUGACUCUUUUAUUGACGAGAGAAAAAGUGAGCGAUGGGAUGAAGAUGAUGAUUUGCCACUGAAAACAGAACUAGAGAAAAACUCGGAGCAUUUCAAUCGUCCCACACGCACUAGCAAAACGAUGUCCAAGUAUUACAAAAGUCCAGGGAGCGAAAAGGCAUUGUUGUCAACCCAAAAGUCGCAACAUGCUAUGGGCAGACGAUCUACCAGGCAACGUUAAAUUGCUGUUGAAAUAAUAUAUUCAAUUUGUACUGAUCUGACGUCUGGCAUAUAAAAUAUGUGCAGAUAUUGUUAACACUUCUCAUAUUACAUUAAUUCGCAGUUUAAACAGUA